AGCCAACAAGUUCCCAGCAACGGCAUUUUUUUUUCUUUCUCUCUCUUCAGUUAUUUUUCCCUCUCCGAUAGUGGAAUAUUUUUGUUUUCUAGGAUGCAACUGAACAUUUUGUGUUUGCUGUGUGCUCCUUCUGUGGUUUUUUUGCAAGGCAGGUCAGUCGUCUGUAAGGAGAUGAAGUUACCCGGCGGUGCAUCCAGACCUCCUUCCCCAUCUGACUUCCUGGACAAGCUGAUGGGUCGCACAUCUGGAUAUGACGCUCGCAUCAGACCCAACUUCAAAGGUCCUCCUGUCAACGUCACCUGCAACAUCUUCAUCAACAGCUUUGGCUCCAUCACUGAAACCACCAUGGACUACCGGCUGAAUAUAUUUCUGCGGCAGCAGUGGAACGACCCUCGACUGGCUAACAAGGAGUACCCUGACGACUCGCUAGACCUGGACCCCUCCAUGUUGGACUCCAUUUGGAAGCCAGACUUAUUCUUUGCCAAUGAAAAGGGAGCAAAUUUCCAUGAAGUCACCACAGACAACAAACUGCUCAGGAUAUUCCAAAAUGGAAAUGUUCUCUACAGCAUCAGGCUGACGUUGACCCUCUCCUGUCCCAUGGAUCUCAAAAACUUCCCCAUGGACAGCCAGACAUGCAUCAUGCAGCUGGAAAGCUUUGGCUACACCAUGAACGACCUCAUCUUCGAAUGGCUGGACGUGGGCGCCGUGCAGGUGGCUGAUGACCUGGUGCUGCCUCAGUUUGUGCUGAAGGAGGAGAAAGGCCUGGGCUACUGCACCAAGCACUACAACACAGGUAAAUUCACCUGCAUUGAGGUGAAAUUCUACCUGGAGCGCCAGAUGGGCUACUACUUAAUCCAGAUGUACAUUCCCAGCCUGCUGACAGUCAUCCUUUCCUGGGUGUCCUUCUGGAUCAACAUGGACGCAGCUCCAGCCAGAGUAGGGCUGGGCAUCACCACCGUGCUCACCAUGACGACGCAGAGCUCCGGCUCCAGGGCGUCACUGCCAAAGGUGUCCUAUGUGAAAGCCAUAGACAUCUGGAUGGCCGUGUGUCUUCUUUUUGUGUUUGCCGCACUCCUGGAGUAUGCCGCCGUUAAUUUUGUUUCACGGCAGCACAAGGAGUUCUUCAGGCUGAGGAAGAAGCUGAAAGAGAAAGAGGGACAAAGAACCCAGGGAAGUGGCGAGAGUAAGAUCAAAGGAAACAUGUCCGGCGAUGAUGUGGCUCGCGGGAGUGCAGGGCAGCAGUGCAGCGCCUGUGCAAGGGAGGAGGAGCUGGCACGCCAAGGGUUGCUCUUCCAGAGUUACGGGCUUACGAGCGCUCCAGAGAUGGAUGCAACCCCGGUGUUUGCCGACUUACCUCCCGGUCUAGGCUACUACGACAUACGCCGGCGCUUCGUGGACCGAGCUAAAAGGAUCGACACCGUGUCUCGGGCAGUGUUCCCUAUGAGUUUCCUCAUGUUUAAUGUCCUCUACUGGCUGACCUACAAGGUCCUACGGCAUGAAGACGUCCAAGUUACAUUGUGAGGACCUUAAGGACAGUGGACGGCGUCACUGAAGCAUUAACAGGCCCUCAUGCGAAACAUGCCAGAUGCAAGGUGACUGCAUGUCUGGCGCUAUUAAAACGCUACGUGACAUCUUUACAUUUUUAAUACCUCCAAACAUAUGCACUUUUCAUUGGUGCCAAUGCUCCAUACAACACAUACACGUAGGAUACACAAUUAUUUAUGAUCAUUUUCUGUAGCUUCCCUUUGGACUCCUGCAUGUCCUUGCUAGAGACAUUUUUUUUUUUACCAGUCAUUAUUACAGUUAUCACCUCAGUGAGUGUAUGGCACACUCACUUCCUCUAUGGACACUGCACUGAUACUGUGUUAGUGAUCAUCCGCUAUCUACUGGAUUAAAAAAAAAUCACUACAUUUGACCUGCCA